GCCAUCUUGUGGAGGUAAUGUGCCAAAGACAGAUAGUGACGUUAAACUUCGAUUACAGUAUGAGCAUUGUUGACACACAAGAGUUGUAAGGAAAACGAAACCGGUUUGUUUGGCAAACAAACUUUCUUAAGAGUGUUUUGGUUAAUCGCACUUUUAACCAAGUGAUCAGCCUUGUACGAACGAACACAUACCAUAGCAGGUAAGAUAACAUGCUACCUAGGUAGGCUAGCUAGCUGAUACUUGUGCUAGGCUUUGAUGUUGCUGUGCUAGCGAUGGAUCCACUGAGUAUGGUGGAGGAUGAAGUGGCGUUGGAGGGUCUGGACGGGAUCACGAUACCCUCUUUGUGGAUAAGACUCGAAGAUAGGAAGCCAAAGUUCCUCCUGAAGCUCGACGACGGCACCAAGGAGCUCAUCUGGAAGUCGCUGGUCGGCAACAGCGACCUGACAUUCUACCUGCUUCCCACUGAGAGGGAGGAUGUUGUGCUUUACGACAGGUUCCAGCACUCUCAGGAAACUGUGAUGUUGCAAGACAAGAAGGACGUCUACCCGUUGCACAUCCUCCACGAAAACAAGGACGGGAUUCAGGGCUCGUGCGCCUUUUUCCACGAGAGGAAAGACGUCACCUCGCGUCUCCGCUCCCGGUCACUGGGCCCACUCGUCAGCUUGGACGACACCUUCAAAAAGCACGGCAGGAAGCUUGUCAUCGUGGCGUCUCAGAUGCUUCGCUUCCGGGCGCUGAUCGGCAGCGAGAGCGACCCGGACACCAAAUUGACGGACGAGUCCUACUGCAUGCUGGAGAGAGUGGGCCGGGGGCGCUGGCAGGGGGAGCUGCAGAAUGAAUUACAAAAGUCCUGCUUCAAGGUGGACUCCCGGAAGUUGCACUACAUCAGGAAGUCUCUGGACCGACACGGGCUGGUCUGCACGCAGGCUUGUACCACUCUCCUCAAGUCAGGACAGCGGCAGCAUUCCAUUCACGUCAUGCUCAAACGCUUCCACGUCAUCAGGAGGUCCAAGUACGACUUGCUGAUGGAGUACGUGUCGGAAUUACUCCAGAAGAUGCCCGGCCGGUUGGCGGCACUGGUCACCAUCCGAGAUCACUUUAAUCUCCCAGAAAUCACAUGCAAGCGCGUGUUUCAGUACAUGCGAGCGGCCAAGUUGGUGGACUAUUGCAGCAUGCCGCUGGAGGACUUGGAUAAUGAGGGAGGGGCCGUGGUGAAUAGCAGAGGCAACAAAGUGAUGGUGCGCUGCGUGAAAUUGCUGAAGUCGUACGCGGGGGGGAAGCAUGCCUCUGUGGAAGAUGAAAAUGAGGACGAGGACGACGAAGAGGAUGAAAGCUCCGCUUCCAAGAGGAGAGGUUGGCCUCCGGUGGGCCGAAUCAUGGAGAACGAUUUAAUGCUGCAGGCCUACCGUCUCAUUUUGUCCAGCGGGGCAGAUGGGAUCCCUCAGUCGGGCAUCUCAUCGAGGAUGAACAUUGGGAAUCUGGAAGCUCGCAUGCUUUGGCGAAAGAUGGAGAGGGACGGAGUCAUCAAGGGCUUCAUGGUAGACGAAGGCCGGCAGAGGAUCACAAAGUUCAUCAGUCACAGGUGUGUGGGUGCCAGCGAUCAUCUCCAGCUCUUUGCCAAAGAGAAGCAACGCAAAAACCUUUACGACUCUUCCGCGUCGGCAAUGUCGGCGAGCACCCCGAGCGCUUCUCCCCUCACGCCGGCCACCUCCAAGCAGUCAGCCAAACGGGGCCGAAAAGCCCCGGCGUCUAAGAAGAGCAGAGUAACAACUAGCGUAGGCGGAGAGGAAGACGAGGUGGCGGGGGAGCUGUGUUUUGAUGGAGGAGCGAACGGAGGGAAAGUCUGCAGGAAGCCGAAAGGAGGAGGAAAGGCUGCAGAGAAGAAGGGCAAGACGAAGCCUGCAGAAAAAGAUGCUCCUGCUCAGAAGCAACGUCCAACAGAGAAUGACGAGGAGGAAGCUUCCAGCCCUCAGAGCCAGGAGAAGAAAGCAACAGACCCUGCAGUCGACAUCGCGGUUGUGGAUAUCUACAAGCUGCCGGUAUCCAAAAGCAUCCGCAGUUCUCACGAGACCUACCGCUUGCUGAGGAGGAAGAACCUCAUUACUGAGGCUGUGCACAAGCUCCAAGUCAUAGAAGGCCUGACCCAGCUCCAGAAGCUGAUCAAUAACGAAGAGAAGGGUCAAGGAGUCACCACAAAAUGCUGCAAGAAGACCACGGCGCGCCUUGUGCAGAAUUUGUCCAGAGAGGGCCUGCUUAAGAUGUUCACCACCACCGUCAUACAAGACGGCAUCAGCAAGAAGGUUGAUUUAAUUGUUCAUCCAACCAUCCAACCUAGUGACAAAUUGGUGACUACAAUCCUUGAUCAGGUCCGCUUCAGGAUCAGCAGCUCAUGUACCAUGACAGGCCAGCAGCCCAGCCAAGAGCCUGCCUCCAAAGUGGAAAAAGAAGAGCCGAGUAAAAGUUUCAGGAGCUUCAGUGAAAUCAAGGAAGAGCACUUGAAAGAAAAAAGUCGAGUUGAACCGCAGUUCAAGCCCACAACAGUUCGAGGACUGGGGAAGACGCUGGGUUUCCAGCCCAAGAUGCAUCGCCUGCGUGUUUUUCACGCCUUCCUGUGGUACGUCAUCUGCGACCAUCCUAUGAUGCAAACUGCUUCUGGACCGACAGCAGCCCCCCAGGAAGCUCCUGAGGCCGGCCACCAAGAAAACGCUCAGUCAGGCACCGACAAGGACCAAGAAAGCAAAAACACAGAGUUGCCCGAUGAUGUCGGCAGCAGCCCUCCCGAGCCUGCAACGUCUCACGUGGAUUUUGCGCCACUAGGUGAUGAAGAACUGAUGGAUGAUUCUACAGUGGGGCAGUCUGAAUCUGAAGCAAAAGUUUAUUUAGAUGAGGAUUCGUGGAAGAGGUUUGUCCCGCCUGUGCUCCCACACAGAGAGAGAGGCUAUGGCUGGGUGAGGAUGAGGGACCUGCUCUUCUGCUUGCCGCUCUCCAUAUUCAUUCAGGUCAUACAGAUUAAUUAUCAGGUUGAUGGCUUGGAGGACUAUCUGAACGACCCCGUGAAGCAACACCUCCUGAUUAGACAGCUUCCCAUGGAAAUGAGAAGAAAGCUCUUUUAUAAACGGAAAUACAUCUGGGUUGUCUUUGAGAACCUGCAGAAGUUGGUGUGCAUGGGGUUGGUGCACUUUGCUCCUGUGGUGAAGGCAAAAGAAAAAGCUCAGAUGUCCUUUUACCUGAAGCACCAUGCCACCAUUGUUGACACGAGCAACGCAGAGCCUCACUACUGGCUGGUCACAGAGCCCAGCGACAAGCCCUUUGAAAGACGCCGCUACACGUUCGUCACCGUGGAAGAUGUGGAAAGCUACUGGUUUGAUCUCAUGUGUGUCUGCCUCAACACACCACUGGGGCUAAUUCGACCAAAGAGAGGCGGCUCAGAAGAUGAGGUGACCCCUUCUUUUGUGCACGAACGUAACGUGUUUGUAGGAAUGGCGUCUUUGCUCAAAGGCAGCAAUGAAGUGUGCGACGACGGCACGACACCGGGAGAUGGUAAAGGAGCCGGAGGCCUGGACUCUGAAUUCUUCGCUCACCUGAAACGCAACUGGCUGUGGACCAACAGCCUGAUCCCUGUCAAUGAAAAAAGUAAGUUGCGACUGAGAAGCCUGUUAAACAAAGACUCGCUCAGGGCCGCACUGAGAGAUGGCACUCUCAGACCUCAUUAUUUGACACCCAAGAAACCUUUGGUCACUGAGGAAAAUGUCGAGGUGGCCAUCGAGUCCUCGUCCAGGAACCAGCAGGUGGUCGGAGGGAAGCGCCAAAGGAGAAAAAGGACCAAAAAGGAGGUCAUCAGGGUCCCUCGCAAGAAGAAGAAAGAGCCCAAGAAGCGCACACGUGCUCACGACGAGGCUGACCAUCGAGCGCUGAAAAUGAUGACCAGGCAGCGAGUCAACUGGACCGUGCCGGAGGACUCUCUGCUGAUGCUCUGCAACGUGGCCUCACAUGUGCUCAACAGCAAGUUGAGAAGGACCUUCGUAGCCCACUGUGUGGUGCGAGACCUUCUCCAGGUGGAGUUUGAGAUCUCUGAGGACAAAACAUCACUGGCCGUUGGGCGGCGCUCUCGCUACAUCCUCAAGAAUCCUCAGGCUUUUCUCAAUUUCAGGAUCUGCUUGGCUGAGGUCUACCAGGAUGAACAUCUGAUGAAACUUUUGCAAGACAACAAGCCAGCUGAUCCCAAUAAUGUAGAGGAUUGUACGAAGUCCUUCACCGAGUACGUCAAGCUUCUCCGACAGAAGUUACGACCGGUCCCGAAUGCCGAGGCUGUGAAGAUGCCCGACAGCAAACAUCAGCUUUUCUCACAGUUUAAAGUGUCUGCGAUACACACUAGGAAGGAGGUUCCCUGCAAAGACACCCUGAGCAACACCACGGAUAUCCAUACCAUCGGGUUGCACAACCUGAUCCAGAGCACACUGGCCAUGACCAACUACCAGAUGAAGUAUUCCCGAUCCUUCCAGACGUUCCACGUUUACAGUAAGUACCAACAGGAUCUGCUAUGCCAGGUUUUCAUCCAGUGCCGCAUGCGCAGUCUCGUCAACCGCAGACGCGUCUGUCAUAAGAUUGGUCCCCAGAAGAACAGGGCGGUGCCAAUCCUGCCCAUGUCCUACCAGCUCUCCCAGUCCUACUACAGGUUGUUUUCCUGGCGUUUUCCUCAUUCUCUGUGCACCGACUCAUUCCGCUUCAUGAGGACUCUACUCAACAACGACGCAGGCGACAAGCCUUUGGUUUCAUUCCAUCUGGAGACCGAAUGCAGGACGGUGAGCGGGGAGGAAGCGUUGGAGGGAACGCCCGCUUCGGACGAGAAAGAAACCCAAAAGCAGGCCGAGAAGCGAGACGCAAGCCGAGGAGAAUGCGACCAAAUGAAUAGUGACAAAACUUUUUCGCGGUAUCUUUCUGAAAUGCUCUGCUUCAGUCUGGACUCGCCCGGGGGAGCCUGUGUGGUGUCUCUCACGCUGAUGAGCCUGGGAUUGCUCUCGGUGCACUUGUCCAUCCCUAAGCAGAUGGUGGUGGUGGACAGCAACAUGGUGGAUCCCGACAUCAAGAGCAUGGUGUCCCUGGAGGAAGAGGAGGAUGAUAACGAGGAUGGCGAGGAGUGUGCGGGCAAGAAGAGGAUGGAAGUGAAAGCUCAUCAGGCGUCACACACCAAGUAUCUGCUGAUGAAAGGAUACUUUGUUCCUGGCAUUGUCAAGCUGCGCAACCUGAACACCAACGACAACAUCGUGGUGGAGUCGUGUUUGAUUGGCAUGCAGCUGAGAAACACGCCGGCUCACAGCAUCCUGACGGACGACAGUGAACCGCCCCUGGACUUUUCGAAAUGCGGUCCCUCUCUACUGCCAUCCAUCCUCAGCCACUCCUUCCGACCCGCCGUUGCCUCCUCCAGCGUAACCCAGUGUGAUGCUGGUCUGGUCCAGCAGAGAGGGUACACCCCUCAGGAUUUGGCAGCGUGUGCUGAGCUGAGGAGGAGCCUGGGUGAAGCAGGUGAAAAGGGAGUGGACCAACAGGACUUGUUUAAAAUUUAUACUCACCUCUAUCGGCCACAGUCUGGACGCAGCAGGAGCCUGCAGCAGUACUUGGAGGACUUGGAGGAAGAAGACCAGGUCUUAAAAGUUGGCAGCUGCGGCGCCCGCUGGGUGCUCAUGAAGCACGCCGAGCCUUGGAUCCUGACCGUCAGCUCCAGGAACUGGUCCGCGCCCAUCCUCGAUCGUCCCUCCCGGCACAACAUUCCCUUCCUGCGCAAGAGACGCAGACACCAGAACCCGCAGCAGCACGGUGAGGACAAGGAUGAACCGCCGGGAAAAAAGGCAGCUGUGGGAUGUGGAGAAGGCCACAGAGGAGAGGAUGGAGCGGGCUGGACGAGCGAGAAGCUCGGCCAGGAGGACAAGCUAGAAGGUGAGCAGGAAGAGGUUUUGACGGGAGAGGAGAAGAGUGAACAAGAGGACGAGGCAGCAAAGCUGGCUGGAAACAAGUCAGUGGAAAAAUGUGAGGAAAAGUGCGAGCCCGGGGAGGACAAGAUGGAGGAGGACAAAAACGAUGAAGCAGUGUCAACACAACAAGCCAACCUUCACAAGGAAAAUAUCAGCUUCGUGAGUCGACCUUGGCGCCUGGUGGAUGGAACGGUGAACCGGCAGGUGUGUAAAGGGAUGUUGGAGGGCAUCCUCUUCCACAUCAUGUCCUUUCCUGGAAUCACUCAGCAGACGCUGGUAGAAUACUACCAGGGCGUGCUGCAGCCGGUGGUGUUGAUGGAACUUGUGCAGUCCCUCAUCGAACUAGGCUGUCUGACAAAAAAGACUGUGGAUAAAAAGCCAAAAGCCACACUGUUCAGCCGCCCCGUCCCUGCAGCAAGAAGAGAGGUGGAGCCAAUGACGGUGGAGCGAGACUGCGUGUUUUAUGAACCCACGAUUGGCUGCUGUCUGAGACUUGCUCAGGUGCUGCCCAACGAACGCCACUGGAAUCAUUUUAAAUAAGUUUUCUUUUUGUUUUAACUGAACUUAAUUUGUGAAUUAAAUUGAGAUUAAAAUGACUC